UCAAAGGAAAAGAAAACCGCCUGGUAUGUGCUAUUAUCUUGGAGCAACAAACGAUGCAGCCACCAAGAUCCUUAGCGAGGUCACUCGCCCAAUGAGUAUGCAUGUGCCUGUAGUGAAGAUUUGUGAGAAGCUAAAGAAAAUGGACAGCCAGAUCUGUGAACUAAAAUAUGAAAAGAAGUUGGACUUAGCAUCAUUGGACCUGUCGAAGAUGAGAGUAGCAGAGUUGAAACAGAUAUUGUACAGCUGGGGAGAAGAGUGCAGAGCCUGUGCAGAAAAAUCAGACUACGUGAAUCUGAUCAAAGAACUGGCGCCCAAGUAUGCAGCCACACACCCCCAAACAGAACUCUGACUCAUGGAAGCCUGUACAUCAUUGAUUGUAAUUAUAGACAAAGUGACUUAGUAGGACACAUUGG